GUUAGUCCAUCGAACAUGUAUUGCGAAAGUUUUGACAUCUCAAGCUUUCGCCUGAUGCAGACCAUGAUUUUUGCUAUUGAAGAAAUAAACAGGAGCAAAACUCUACUUCCGAAUAUCACCCUGGGAUAUGAGAUCUACGAUGACUGCUCGACCUCCGCGAUAGCGGCGAAAGCAGCGCUAGUUUUGGUGAACAGAGAAGAAGAACUAAUUGAGUACCCAGAUUGUAAAGGUUCUUCCAAUGUUGCAGCCAUUAUUGGCUGUGAUAUAUCCACCUCAUCCAUUACAGCCGCAAGGACAGUUGGAGCGUUCGGAAUUCCAAUGAUCAGUUACUUUUCGACUUGCUCCUGUCUGAGCGAUAAGCAAGAAUACCCGACUUUCUUCAGAACGAUACCAAGUGACAAAUAUCAGUCCAAACUUCUCGCUGAACUUGUGAAAACAUUCGGCUGGAAUUGGAUUGGGACGGUUAGAAGUAACACAGAUUAUGGGAAUUUUGGGAUGAGAACAUUUGUUGAAGAGGCUCAAAAAAUAGGGAUUUGCAUCGCGUACUCGGAAUCGUUUCACAGAACCGAUUCUGCCGAGAAAAUUCACAAAAUAGUGCAGGUGAUGAAAGAGGCGACGACAAAGGUUGUGGUUGGAUUUCUGCAUGGCACCGAUAUGCGAGUGCUAAUUAAGGAGAUAUUGCGCCAAAACGUAACGGGGAUACAAUGGAUUGGAAGUGAAGGGUGGAUUACAGAAGAUAUAUUCUCACCUGAAGAGAGAGUAAGGUUUCUCACUGGGGCCAUUGGUCCAGCCACCCAUAUGACAGAAGUAGCCGGCCUCAGAGAUCACCUUCUGAAAAUUCAUCCUUCUAGGUUUCCUGAAAGCGUUUUUGUGAAGACGUUUUGGGAGACUCUAUUUUCGUGCUCUUUAACAAAGGACAACGCGACAGAGAAGCGAAGUUCUACAUUUCAAGUGCGGUCAUGCACAGGGAAUGAACAUUUAAAUGGGUUGGAAAAUGCCUAUCUUCCAGCUAUCAUGGACGGAAGUUCCUACCAUGUGUACAAAGCGGUUUAUGCUGUUGCACAUGCACUUGACGAUAUGCUGUCCUGUGAAGAAGGCAAUGGCCCGUUUUUGAAUAAUGCUUGUGCUCACAUUUCAAGAUUUCAACCCUGGCAGCUGCUGCAUUACCUUCAGUUGGUAAAUUUCACUGCUAAGACUGGAGAAGUCGUAUAUUUUGACGAAAAUGGUGAUCCAGUCCCGACGUAUGACAUAGUAAAUUUACAAAUGCGAACGGAAAGUUCGCUUGAAAUUGUAAAUAUUGGAUAUUAUGAAGGUUCAGCGCCAGAGGGACAAGAACUCGUCCUGAAUAUCGACGAUAUCGUGUGGAGCUCCACUGAUAAGCAGAUUCCACGCGCUCUUUGCUCAGAACCUUGUCCUCCUGGAACAAGAAAGGUCAGCAGGAAAGGUCAGCCAAUAUGUUGUUUUGACUGUGCAGAGUGCGGCGAUGGUGAGAUCAGCAACACCACAGAUUCCAUCGAUUGCGUAAAGUGUCCUUUGGAAUACUAGUCGAAUCAGCAAAAAGAUCGAUGUGUUCCCAAAAAGAUUGAAUUCCUUUCCUUUCAAGAAGUUCUCGCCUACGUCUUAGUGGCACUUGCUUUCGUGGGAGCGUGUCUUGCACUGGCUACAGCCAUUAUAUUCUUCCGGUAUCGGGCAACUCCUAUCGUUCGAGCGAACAAUUCGGAGCUGAGCUUCCUCCUUCUCUUUGCCCUAAUGCUUUGCUUCCUGUGCUCACUUACCUUCAUUGGGAAACCGACCGGAUGGUCCUGCAUGUUGCGGCGAACUGCGUUUGGAAUUGUAUUUGUUCUCUGUAUUUCCUGUAUUUUGGGGAAAACUGUUCUUGUUGUGAUCGCUUUUAAAUCAACUCUUCCCAGCAACAACUUGGUGAACUGGUUUGGACCCAUGCAGCAACGGUUAGGAGUAUUCGUCCUCACAUUUCUUCAAGGUUUAGUUUGCACAAUCUGGCUCAUUGUAUCACCUCCCUAUCCAUUAAAAAACAUGGCGUAUUAUAGAGACAUUAUUAUCUUGGAAUGUGACGUGGGCUCUUUAAAAGCCUUUUAUUUCGUAUCCAGUUAUAUUGGUCUUCUGUCCACUGUAUGCUUCCUGCUAGCUUUUCUUGCCCGGAAACUUCCAGAUAAUUUCAAUGACGCGAAGUAUAUAACUUUCAGUAUGCUGAUCUUCUGUGCUGUUUGGAUCACUUUUAUUCCGGCUUAUGUCAGCUCUCCUGGAAAGUACACGGUGGCUGUCGAAGUGUUUGCCAUUUGGGCGUCAAGCUUUGGUUUACUUGUCUGUAUUUUUGCUCCGAAAUGUUACAUUAUCUUAGUGAAACCGGAGAAUAACACAAAGAAAAACAUGAUGGGCAGAGGGUCUCCACUGUAG